CUUACUCCGCCCCACGCGGCCGGAAGUUCCGGUGGCGGGUCGCUGGACCGGGCCCGAGCGGAUCGCGGGCUCGGGCUGCGAGCUUGUGCUGCGGGCGCAGGACAGGCCAGGAGCGGAGUCUGGGAGCGGAGCCCAGGCUGUGCCGCGCGGCGCCAUGAAGGGCAAAGAGGAGAAGGAGGGCGGCGCGCGGCUGGGCGCCGCUGGUGGAAGCCCGGAGAAGAGCCCGAGUGCGCAGGAGCUCAAGGAGCAGGGCAACCGGCUCUUCGUGGGCCGCAAGUAUCCGGAGGCGGCGGCCUGCUACGGCCGCGCCAUCACCCGGAAUCCCCUGGUGGCAGUAUAUUACACCAACCGGGCCCUGUGCUACCUGAAGAUGCAACAGCACGAGCAGGCCCUGGCUGACUGCCGGCGUGCCCUGGAGCUGGAUGGGCAGUCUGUGAAGGCACACUUCUUCCUGGGGCAAUGCCAGCUGGAGAUGGAGAGCUACGAUGAGGCAAUUGCCAACCUGCAGCGAGCCUACAAUCUAGCUAAGGAGCAGCGGCUCAACUUUGGGGAUGACAUCCCCAGUGCUCUGCGCAUUGCCAAGAAGAAGCGCUGGAAUAGCAUUGAGGAACGGCGCAUCCACCAGGAGAACGAGCUGCACUCCUACCUCACGCGACUCAUCGUGGCCGAGCGUGAGAGGGAACUGGAAGAGUGUCAGCGGAACCACGACGGUGAUGAGGAUGAUGGCCACAUCCGGGCCCAGCAGGCCUGCAUCGAGGCCAAGCACGACAAGUACUUAGCAGACAUGGACGAGCUCUUCUCCCAGGUAGAUGAGAAGAGAAAGAAGCGAGAUAUCCCUGACUAUCUGUGUGGCAAAAUCAGCUUUGAGUUGAUGCGGGAGCCAUGCAUCACACCUAGCGGCAUCACCUAUGACCGAAAGGACAUUGAGGAGCACCUGCAGCGUGUGGGCCACUUUGACCCUGUGACCCGGAGCCCUCUGACCCAGGAACAGCUCAUCCCCAACCUGGCCAUGAAAGAGGUCAUCGAUGCGUUCAUCUCUGAGAAUGGCUGGGUGGAGGACUACUGAGGCAGGGCAAGUGGGAGGGCCAAUCGUCCCACAUUGCCUGGCACCCUGGCCUGGGAGAGCCUCGGGGCAGGAGCCCCCAGCCCCUGUACACAUUGUGUACCUGGAUCCCUGCUCUGGUGUCCCUAUCCUGUCUUCCAUCAGUUCUGCUGGUAGGCUAUGAGUGCUCCCCCCCUCCCCCCAUCUUCUUUCUGGGCCGGAAAUAGUAGGCCAGGGUGGUUUGGGCUGAGGCUGCUGCUGCCACCACUGUCCCAGUAAUAAAACCUGUGAGCAGUU